CGGAAGUUCCUAAACUCGGGAAGAAAGUUUCAGACUUUGAGAGUUUCGUGCAGAGUGAGAUUACAAAUCUUGAAACCCUUAAUUCAGUUUUCUUCACGAAACCCCAACAAUAUCGCGCCUUGAUCCUUUCUCCUUUCUACUACAUUCGAUUCUCUCCUCAUCACUCAAACCAAAAGCCCUAAUCUUUGGAAUUGGAUUCUUAAUCCACCAUGGCUAAUAGCUCUUUUAAGUUGGAACACCCACUGGAGAGGAGACAAAUUGAAGCUUCUCGCAUCAGGGACAAGUAUCCAGACAGGAUUCCAGUGAUUGUAGAGAGAGCUGAAAGAAGUGAUGUUCCUAACAUCGACAAGAAAAAGUACCUUGUUCCGGCUGAUCUUACUGUGGGGCAGUUUGUGUAUGUUGUCCGUAAACGAAUCAAGCUGAGUGCCGAAAAGGCGAUCUUUGUCUUUGUGAAGAACACAUUGCCUCCAACUGCUGCAAUGAUGUCUUCAAUCUAUGAUGAGAACAAAGACGAAGAUGGGUUUCUCUACAUGACUUACAGUGGAGAGAACACCUUUGGUUUGGUUUAAAUGUGUCAACUAGUACUUAUACAACAUUUGUGUUCUGUAUAGAUUUUACUCUUUUAUGACUAUGAAUGUACUUUAUGCUGCUUUGGACUGAUUUAUGUAAAUGUUACUUUGAGAUAUAUUUUAUGUAGUUUGGGUUUUACUUA